CCAAUCCGAUCGCAGGGGGAGCGAGGCACAGUUUCCGGCCUGAUGAAGGAAAACAGCAGCAGCAGACUGAAAGACGAAGAGGAGAAGCGGAGAUUCACCAACUGUUCACCGCCGCAGCUUCCACACGUCCAUCUGUUAGUUACCAUACUCUAACUCAUCACUAAUUUACAUCCCAAUAGUUGGCAGAGACAGACAUGACAUCUGUUUGCUGAACUGGUCGAUCUUAAGCCACAGGUAGCACCAAACAUUGGUGUGCAACUUCCCAGCGAGUCAGACUGACCCCCCCAUCACCAUGGACACAGAAACAGAAGUAAUUCCUAUCUGGCAGAAUAAGCCCCAUGGAUCCACCCGUAGUGUUGUGAGAAGAAUAGGUUCUACUCUCCCACUCAAACCUCCACAAAGAGCAUGUUUCCAGGAACUACCAGGCCUACCCUCUCUUCGGCCUAUGGAUGGCCCUAUGGUUCCUACCUUGGCAGACAUUGCCUGGAUUGUUGCAGAUGAAGAGGAGACAUAUGCUCGAGUACGGAGCGACUCACGUCCUCUAAAGCAUGAAUGGCGGCCCACGCCCCUGCUGGUGCUCCACAGGAACUCAUCUGUGCCCAACUUCCGCCGUGAGGGCAAAAGGAUGGAGGGACUGAAGAAGCCCGGGGUCACGGCGCUAAAUCGAACAACAGCUCUGCAGGACGAGCUCAGCAGACUCCGAGCACAGAUUGCCAAGAUUGUGUCAAGUGAUUCUGGCUCCAACCCCCUGACUCCCGAUCUGCUCUCCCCCGACGACACGAGUAUGAGCUUCUCCAUGGCGCCUUUCGAGGCGGCAUCCUACCAGCCGGCUGCCACUGCUGCUGCCUCCUUUGUCAUCAGUGACGUCACGGAGGAGGAGGAAGAAGAGGAGGAGGAGGAAGAUGAAAAAGAUGUGGUCUCUGUGGUGUCAGAGCUGGUCCCUGACCCUCUGCCACCUGUUUCCAUGACGGCAUCAGCAACCUUUGACCUGGACAGGCCAAGCAUGGACUUCCGGGAGGCUGAAGAGGACACAGUGUCACUGUCAAAGUCCACCAGCUUUGCCGACGUGAUGGACAUUCUGAAGGACAUGAACCGCAUGAAGAUGAGCAAAGACAGGUACAACAGAGGCUGCACGUCCCUGAGAGAGGAGGACUCUGCAAGUCUGAUUUCAGAGGCUUUGAGGAAAAAGUUUGUCUUGAAGGACGAAGAUUCAGCUGCUGUGAAUCGGAAGUAGCUCGAUUGCGUGUUUGUCAUCGCCACCCGAUCCUGCUGUUUAAUGCCCUUGCCUGUGGAGUAUGUACCCAUGGAUCCACGACCUUGCUCCUCAAACCCAAGGCAAUAGCUGUCCACCAGAGAUAAGACAAAAACACUUUGUCCCAGACAUUCACAGCCAAAUGUGAACUUCACAGUACAAGGGGGAACAGUCCGCUCUUUAUAACAAUAAUCUAUUUCAGUACUGCAUCGCAUACGGCAAAAAAAAAGCUUAUUUUCAACAACGACUCGAUGCCAGUGCUGUCCAGUAAUAUGGGGGGUUGUGUCAUAAGAAGGCGCUGAAGGAUGCACUGAAAGAUGCAAAAAUCUUUGUUUUUCAGUUGUGUACAGAAGUCCUCUUACAUACUUGAACAUAUUUUUCCAGAUGAAACCAGUCUCAUGCACAUGCAGAGAUUUAGUGUAUCUUAUUGACCGCGUGUGUGAGGAAAAAUAAGUUAUAUAUAUAUAUAUGUAUCUUUGCUGAGUUUCCAAAUGUGCACAGCAUCAUGUGCGUUGCUUGUUCCACUGCACCUCUUAUGCCUGUCUGCUUUUGUGUGAAUAGCAUAUAGAGUGACACUCAAACUACGGGGCACUGAUUUUUUAUUUAUUUUAAUCCCAAACUAAAAUACAUAGAAGAUAUAGUUUGAGGUGUGAACUCUGUUGUGUAUAAAUCAAUGGAUGUGUGUGAUUUAACGGUGCACCCUCCUGUGUUUGCAUCUUUUUUGUAUUUCCAGUAAAGGCAACAAUACAAGCAUCAGCAGGUCUUUUAUAUAGUAACUUCCUCUUGUGUUUAAAACAAGCUAAUUUGUAGAUGAGACCACUUUUAUGAUGUUUCUCACGUGACAUCAGAGAGGUGGUUUUAGUUUGAGCAGAGACAACUGAGCUAUGUGUAAAGGUGCAAUCACACAUACACGAAUGUAGUAGUGACGAACCUUCGCCUCCCGUUCACUCCCAGUCUGCACCGACCUGUGCGAGUGAGGGAACGGAUAAAACAUUUGCUUCCACGGCGAAGUAAAUCAGCAGUGUGGCUUCGUGUGGGGUUCAAAUUUGGUGACCCAUGAUAUUCUCUCUGCUUUAGCGUAUAUGUGACUGUGCCCAUAAGCAGUUUUCAGAAUGAACUCUGUGAAAUGUCUGGGGAAUUGUGCCCGGACCUUUUCAGACUUUGCCUUUCACAAAUGAAGAACGCAGCAGGAGAUUGUGUGGGUCAGAUGUUCUCGAAUCUCAUUGUCUGUCCAACUUGUAUGUCACCUAAUUUUCAUCAUAAGAUAAUUCUAUUGUUAAAUCUUUUGUGUCACUCUCACUCGGACAUUUUACUGGGGGGCUGGCAGGAAAAAGUUCCAGAAAAAGUCCGGAACAACUGUCUUUGACGACGUGUUCUCACCUGCAGCCCCCUCGCAAAAGUGUCAGGAAAAUGUCCGGAUUUCAGUGCAUGUGUGAAAGCAGCUUUACAAAGCUUUCACAUCAGUGUGUUUGUGUGUGUGUGUGAGUGUGUGUGUCACAAUGACUAUUGUUGUUGACGCCUUACCACAGAUCUAUUGCCUGUUCCAAUGCCUGGUUUUAUUCCUUUAUUAGCUCCAAGUGCCAAGGGUUUGUUUUAAUCAGCCCACCCUUCAACGCCUGCCCUCUUUUUCUUUUUUCCUGAAUGUGUCCUCCAACCUCAACAAGUUCCACGUCUUCAUCCAAACAAUGAACGACUUUGUUAAGAAUCAGCUGCGAGUGUUUGUUUAUUGUUAAAAAUUAACACUCACAAAAAAAAAUGACUUGCUGUUUUGUCAGAUUUACUUCAACCCAUGUCACUCCUACGUUUCGUUUGUCGUGUGUAUUCCUACGAGACUGAGAAUCGUAUAGUUCAGUUUUGCAGUGUGAAAAGCUAUUACUUAUGUAUGUGUUUGCAUUGAACAAGAAGGUGCCCAUCUGUGUGUCAUUGUAUGCCGUGAAGGUUUGACUUGCUGGAAUUGACCCUCAACAAUUUUCUCAAUAGUUCAUUUCCUCAUCAAAGUGAGAGUUGCCCAACAAACACUACCUGUUCAGUAUUUCAGAAAGAAAACUGAAGGGAAAAUUGAGUUAAAGAGAAUUUGACUGUUUCUGUGUGCUGCUUUGAGCAUUUGUCACCAUCUUACCUCUGUAGGGUUGAGCCCACCACCUGUAUGUUCAUUUUUUUAUUAUCAUGUAUGGACUUGUAAAUAAAGAUCAGCUGAGGUUUUGAAACUA